AUGUGCACCCAUCAAAACAUCAAUCAUAUGAAGAGAUUGCAAGUGUCUCCACGUACAUUCAUCGAAAACUUACUUUAUGGUUGUGGAGUGAAUGGAAAGGAAAGUGCUGUUGAUGACUGGCAUGGAGAUGACGACGCUCGUCUUCGAAAAUAUGGAUGCAACAUUGGUAGGACAUACUUGGUUGGAGUUUCUUCCAAGAGAGGAAGUUUCACUGGAAUGUUCAAGAGGGAUAGUGCAACCUGUUUGCAAGGAGAUGGGUGCUGGGUUGUUAUUUACGGAGCAGCAAUGUUCUUUUCUCUGUCGCCGAACAACAGCAGCAACAGGAUGAGGAGGAUGAGGAUGGACACGAUGUUUCAACGAGAUGCACCACACUCAUCACGUGAUCAAUUAAUUCCUAGGAGUGAGAUGCAUCAGAAAACUUUUGUUGAGUGA